AUGCUACGCGAGGUGCUGGGCUGUUGCUGCUGCUGCUUAGAAGGUCCUGCAACGGCAGCGGCAACCUUGGGAACAGACUUGAUGGUUGAUGUCUGGAACGACCGAGUCAAAGCCAUUGAAGGCUUGGCCGAGAGACCUGUCGUCGUGCAAGAGCCGUCGCCCCUUGCAUUCGUGCCAAAGCCUUCGCCGUCUCGCCUUCGCAUCCUGUUUGGUUGCGUGCUUCGACUAGCUCCAGUCGAUGCGAGCGAUGUCCAAUCUCGAACCGCACUGUGGUCUCCGUGUCAUGUCCACGACCAUGUCGACUUACUUCGACGCAAACUGCUUUCUCGUUUAUCCAUGCUAGAGAGGAGCAACGCUGUGACACGGAUGAUGACACGCUUUGCGCUUGAUCAGAUCCAGAUUUACAAGGACAUGUAUCUCCGUCUGCGCCGAGAAUCAAGCUCAGCCAUGCGACCAAUAUCGUCGUCGUGGGUGGACUGUUUGGCGCAAGAAAGAAAGCUCUGA